UAUUAAAUUGAAAAACCAAUCACAGAAAUGAUGAUGAAGUGAUGAACUUCCAGAGUUAAUCACCGGGAUUAAAUGCUGAUGAUGAAUAACCGGGAUUUGGUGUGCAUUCCGGAGUUAAAUGGUUGAAGCAACACAUAGUUGACGGUAACAGGGAUGUUGAAAAAUGCACAAAGACAACUCCAAAAAUAAGAGCUUUGAUAGGCAAUUAUAUGAAAAGCAAAAUGAAGGAUAAAGUGAAAGUGAGUGUUGAAUUGGAUGAUGAAGAUGAUGAAUUGGACGAGGAUCCUACCACACAAGGAUCAAUUUGUGUUUCUUCUAUUCAUCCAGUUCCUAGUUCUGGAAUGGCGAGCAAAAGGAAGCGUGUGGAGCAGUCUACUCUAAAGUUUCAGCAUUCACUACCAAAAUCAAGUAAGCCAAUCAAUUUUGUUGCUUCAAUGAUUAGAAAGUUGCCUGAAUAAGUGAUUGAAGAAAGGCGCUCUUUGAGUAAGGGUCAACGGACUCUUGAGGCUUGUACUAAAUCCAAAGAAGAUGUGAAGAAAGUUCAUUGGUACAUUGCAGAUUUUUUCUAUGAGAAUGACAUGCCUUUCAAUGUUGCAAACUCAAGAAGCUACGAGAUUAUGAUUAAAUCAAUUGAUCAGUUUGGGCCCGGACUGAAACCUCCAUAUUACCAUGAAUUAAGGGUGCCUCUUUUCCAGGAAGCUGUGAAGGAUACAGAAAAGUUCAAGGAGAAACAUAAAAUUGCUUGGAAGCAAUAAGGAUGUACACAUAUCGGAUGGAUGGUCGGAUAAAAGGAGUCAACACUUGUUUAAUUUUCUCGUUAAUAGUCGAGAAGGAACUUUCUUCCUGGAGUCAAUUGAUGCUUCGCAUGAGUCACAAGAUGCAAAAAUGUUGGAGCAUUGCUUGAGAAACAGAUUCAAAAGAUUGGCAAAGAGAAUGUCAUUCAAGUAUUGAUAGAUAAUGGGGCGAACUACAAAGCAACAAGGAAGCUACUAGAGCAGCGACACUUUCCUGGACUCCUUGUGCGGCUCACUGCCAAGACCUUGUGAUGGAGGAUAUUGGGAAACUCAUUGAGUUUAAGCCUUGGAUUGAUAGUGCGAAACGUUUCACUACUUUCAUUUAUAGGCAUACAAGGAUUCUAAGUGCAAUGAAGGAGAGAAAAGGUGGAAGAGAUCUAAUGAAGGUUGGCAUGACACGGUUUGCCACAACAUUUCUCACUUUGCAAAGUUUAUGUAAAUAUAGAGAACCAUUGAGAAAUCUGUUUGUGAGUGAUGAUUGGAAUAAUUUGAAGUUGUCAAAUACAACAGUGGGGCAAAGAGUAUGUGACACUAUUAUUGCUUCUGAGUUUUGGAAUGGGGUGGAGGAUUGUUCGAGAGCAACUCAUCCACUUCUUGUUGUUCUGAGGAUAGUCUAUGGCGAUGAACAGCCAUAUGAGCUUGCCAUGGCUAUGAGAGAAGCUUAGAAGAAAAUAAAUGAAUCAUUUGCAAAUAAGCCCAGAGUGUUGAAAAAGCUGAUGAAGAUUAUUGAGGAUCGAUGGGCAGAUCAAAUUGAAGUAAAGUUGUAUGGGGUUGCUUUAUUUCUCAACCCUUCUAAAUAUUUUGACUUGAAAAAGACUAAUAUUGCAUAUGCUUAUGAGCAACGAGAGUUAUUUAAUAAUGUCUUUUACAAGAUGAUCGGUGAUGAUGAGUUGGAAGGCAAGAUUAGUAAGCAUGAUUAUGAUUUCUUGCAUGGAGGAUUUCCAAAGCCAUUACCAAUCAAACAUCAAAAAACAAAGACUCCUCAUAAGUCAUACCUCCGUCCCAAUUUGAUGAUCUUGUUUCUUAUUCACUUGAUCAACACAAACCACUCUUAAUCUCUUACUUUGUAUAUCAAACUUUUAUCGAAUUUGAUUUUUCUUUUUUGCGACUUAGUAAAACUUUAAAUGUAGUUUCUAAACAUGUAAAUUUUGUUUACUAAAAAUAAUGAGUGUGGACAGGAAUCUAUUUGCUUUAGAGUCGGUCAAACCUCGUAAACCGCAAUCAGACCAUCAAAUUGGGACGGAGGGAGUAGUAUUUAUUUUAAAAUUUUAUGACUUCUAUAUUCUAAUUUCUAAAAACUCUUGUAAAUAUUAAUAGUUGAUUGGUGGAAUGCUUUUGGUGGCCAUACUUUGGGUUAAGGCCAUGCUUUGAAUAUCAUAAUAGGCCUUCGUGUUUGUUCUUCGGAUUGCAAACACAAUUGGAAUACGUUUGAAUUUAUAAGCUCUAUGCAUGUAUCUUGAAGAAAUGGAAUAUCUAGAAUUUGCUAAUCUGUCAUUAGAUGAGCCUGAGCUGGAGAUUGUGUUUAUUACCGAAUGAAUUAUUAAGUCGUGUCCUUUUUAUUAAUUAUUCAUACAAUGGCUUACAAACAAUGUUGAUGUUUGGAUAAUU